CACUGUCCCCGAACCACUGAAGAGAGGGGGAGCUUAGCGUAGUCGGUUGAUAGCUCACGCCUUGCCAUUUCAGUUGUCGUCAUGAAUUGGACGGGCGAGCAUCGUGCCUUCGUUAUCGAAACAUUUAUGAAAAGUAACGAAUCUGUGAUUACGACGCAAAGAACUUCGUACUCAUUUCGCACUUGGUAGACAUGCUUCAGUUCCAGAUCGCAAAACAAUACUGUUGUGGGUUUCAAAUUUUAGAGCUACAGGUUCAGCUUUAAAAAGAAAAUCAACUGGUAGACCCAGAAGUGUUCGGACACCUGAAAAUGUUGCAGCUAUGGUGACUUUACGAUGGGGCAUCGCUAGCGCAGGAAAAAUUUCGCAUGAUUUUGUAACAGCACUGCAAUCUUUACCAGCUGAUGAGCAUAAUGUCAUCGCCGUUGCAGCGCGACAGUUGUCGCGUGCGAAGGAUUUUGCAAAGUUGCACGAAAUUAAGACGGUUUACGACGAUUAUGAGAAACUAGGAUUGAACAAGGAUAUCGACAUCGUAUAUAUCGGAGCGAUUCACCCUCAACACUUCGACAUCGCGAUGCUUAUGCUGAAACACGGCAAGCAUGUCCUGUGCGAAAAGCCAUUGACGAUGAACCUAAAGCAGACCACUGAAUUGAUUAAUUACGCGAAAAGUAAAAAUCUGUUCUUAAUGGAAGCCGUGUGGAGCCGUUGUUUUCCUGUAUAUGAUAUUGUUAGAAAGGAAAUCGCGUCUGGUAACAUAGGCGAUAUUCAUCAAGUGAUCGUUUCUUUCGGUUUUCAAAUGCUUGAUGUGGAUCGGAUAACCUUGAAAGAGUUAGGCGGCGGAUCAAUUCUUGAUCUUGGCAUUUAUUGUUUGCAAUUUGCCUGCUUGGUAUAUAAUAACGAAAUGCCGGAGAGUAUUAAGGCGGCUGGAAUUCUGAAUAAGAACGGCGUCGAUAUGAGCAUGUCGGCUACUUUGAUCUACAAAGGAAAUCGCACCGCAACAAUCACGACAAAUGCGCUGGUUGACCUGCCGAAUGAGGCGUACAUUUGCGGUACCAAGGGUAUGAUAAAAGUGCCUAGUUUUUGGUGUCCGACAAAGGUGGAAUUGCCGAGCGGCACUGUACAGACGUCGCUACCAAAAUUAAAGCACGAGGUUAACUACAUAAAUUCCGCCGGACUUUCCUACGAAGCUGUCGAAGCUCGUAACUGCAUUUUGAAAGGUUUGAUAGAAAGUCCAAAGAUAUCGCACGACACAUCCUUAUUGCUGGCGAAGCUGGAGGAUGAAUUGCGUAGACAAUUAGGCGUUGUGUAUCUUCAAGAUUGAAAAACUAUAUAUAUUUUUUAAAAAUAAGAUAUAUAUUCAAUUUAUAUUAUGUCAUGUAUAAAUUCAGAGAGAAGAUUUUUUCUAAAUAUAUCUGUAGCUACAAGU